AUGAAAACGCAAUGCAUGUGUCCUGUUUUUUUCAGAAAACAUCAUCGACAUCAAAAUCAUUUUAAUAUAAUUUUAACUAUGGCAACAACGAUUUCAAUUAGUAAUUGUAAUAAUAACAAUAAUAAUAACAACAAUAAUAAUAAUAAUAAUAAUAAUAACCCAAAUGGAGCCAAUAAUUUAACAGCAAGUGGUGGAUCAGCACAUCACCAUUUAUUAGUUUAUAAAAAUGUUGAUACACAUACAUCAUCAAAUAGUUUAUAUUCCAGAGGUGAUGAAGAAGAUGAUGAUGAAUCAUUCUAUGAUUGCUAUGAGGUUAAUCCAUCUUGGUCAACUUCAACAACACCAGUAUCACCAAGUUAUUUAAUAAAUGAUAGAUCAAAUUCAAUCUCUAAAGAUAUUAGUUCAAUCAAUUUAAGAGAAUCUCAAAAUAAAAUUACAAUUCAAAAUAAUAAUAAUAAUAAUAAUAAUAAUAAUAAUAAUAAUAAUAAUAAUAAUAAUAAUAAUAAUAAUAAUAUAUCAACAUCACAUAAUUCAACGAAUUCAAGUGUUUUAUCAAAUUCAACAUUAACAGAUAGUUGCACAUUAUCAUCAACAGCAAUUUCACCAACUGAUUCACCAAUCAAUUCACCAUCAUUGGUUAGAUCAACAUCUGCUGCUUCAUUACCAACAGUUGAUUUGGCUCCAAUCUCUUUAAAGAAUUCAAUAUUGUCUCAAUCUGAUACUUCUGCUUUUCAACCACCAUCACAAUCACUAACUCAACAACAUCAACAACAACAACAACAACAACAACAACAACAACAACAACAACCACCAAAUACAAAUACAAAUAAUAAUAGCAAUAAUGGCACAGGAUCAGUUAGAAGUAAAAGAAAUUCAAGAGUUAUAAAUUUAAUUAAAAAUAAAAAAGAAGAGAUUAGUAAUUUAUUUAAAGGUGAAAAAGAACAUCAACAAACACCUGAUUCUCUUCAAAAUAUAUUUCAACAACAGCAACAAACCUCACAAAAUACCUCAAAUUCAAAUUUACAUAAUUUAUUAGACAAAGAGCAUAAAGAAAAAGAACAUAAAGAUAAAGAACUUAAAGAUAAAGAUCAUAAGGAAAAAGAACAUAAAGAAAGAGAUGGUAUUAGAAAAUUAAUUAAAAGAAAAUUAAUACCAGGUAGUGGUAAUAGUAAUAGUAAUAAUACAGUUGAUGAAGCUGUUAGUGAUGUAAAUAGUAAUAAUAAUGAAAAACAACAUGAAUCAACAUCCAGAGUUGGUAGAUGGUUAAAAAAUCAUAAUAUAAAGAAAAAGAAAGAAACAAAAUCUUAUCAAUUGGGUCAAUUAAUUCAAGCUCAUAAAGGUUCAAUUUGGUCAUUGGAAAUGAGUAAAGAUGAAAAUUACUUAUCAACUGGCGGUUCUGAAGGUGUUAUUAAAAUUUGGAAAAUUUUAAAACAACCAAAUAAUAAUGGCGCAAAUACUUCACCAUUACCAAUUCAUGUAAAUACAAAUACAAAUACAAAUAGUAAUAAUUGUAAUGGUGGAUCAAAUCAUUCAUCUGAUGACGAAAGUAUUUGUAGUAAUUCAAGUAAUUCAAGUGGAACAAAUACAACUACAAGUAGUAGUAGCGGUAAUUCAACAACAACAACAACAACAACAACCACAACUACUACGACAACAACAACAAAUACAAAUAUUACAAAUCAAAAUAAUUCAAGUAAUCAUAAUCAUCAUAUUUUAGAAACAACACCAAAAUUAAUAUUAGAAGGUCAUACAAAUCAUGUAUUAGAAAUGAAAUGGAUAUCAUUGAAUAGAUUAAUAUCAUCAUCAGUUGAUAAAACCGUUAGAUUAUGGAAUACAGAUACUGGUGAAUGUUUGAAAACAUUUGAACAUAAUGAUAUUGUUGUAUCGAUAACAAGUGAUGAUGUUAAUCAAUGUUUUUAUUCGGCCACAUUGGAUGGUGGUGUAUUUAAAUGGUCAAUCAAUGAUUCAAGUAAACCAUUGCAACAAUUUGAUUUGGGUGAAUAUAUAACAAGUAUAGUAUUAUCAAUUGCCGAUCCAUACUAUUUAAUAGUUUCAACGCAUCUUGGUAAUUUAUUCUUUUUAAAUCCAUUGAAUCUACAACAUUUGAUUCAUAAAUUCAAUAUUAGUCAAAGUUAUAAUAACUCUAAAAAAGGUAAAGGUCCAAAAAUCAUUGGUAUUCAAACUAUCUCGAAUUCUUUAAAUCAAAGUGAAAUUCUAGUAAGCUCAAAUGAUAAUUGCAUUAGACAUUUCUCAUUAAAGGAUUUCAAAAGGAUAUGUAGAUACGGUGGUGGUGGAAUCCUUGGUAAUUAUCAAGUUAAACCUGUAGCUUCAAUCGAUAGAAAGAGUAUUCUCAUCGGUUGUGAAGAUAAUCAAAUUUAUAUUUGGGAUAACUUUUCAGAACAAUAUAAUAAUAAUAAUAAUAUUAAUAAUAAUAUUCACGAGAGUAAUCUAAAUAAUAAUAAUAAUAGUGUUAUAAAUAAUUUAAACAAUAGUAAUAAUAAUAAUAAUAAUAAUAAUAAUAAUAAUAAUAAUAAUAAUAAUAAUAAUAAUAAUGUAAAUAAUGGUAUAAGUAAUAAUAGCGGUCAAAACAAGAUAGCUAUUGAAAAUUUUGAAUAUUUUACUGCUUCAAAUAGACCAAUAACAAAUACUUCAUUUUUAUCAGUAAAUAAUAAUAUUUUUUUAAUAACUACAGAUACAUUGGGUCAAUUAUUAAUAUAUAAUAAAUAUUAA